CAUUCCAACGGCAGUCCACCCUGAGUAUACAGAGGCCACCCGUUGCAGCAAGCCGCGCACUGUCAGGCAAUAAUGGACGAUUACUUGAAAAUAGAGAAAAUCGGAGAAGGUACCUAUGGUGUGGUGUACAAGGGCAGACACAAGGCCACAGGUCAGGUUGUGGCCAUGAAGAAGAUCCGUCUGGAGAGUGAAGAAGAGGGCGUUCCCAGCACUGCGGUCCGAGAGAUCUCCCUCCUACAAGAGCUCAAGCAUCCCAACGUUGUACGACUCCUAGACGUCCUGAUGCAGGAGUCUCGUCUCUACCUCAUCUUUGAGUUCUUGUCCAUGGACCUGAAGAAGUGCCUGGAUUCAUUUUCCUCUGACCAGUUCAUGGAUCCUAUGUUGGUCAAGAGCUACCUGUACCAGAUCUUAGAGGGGCUAUAUUUCUGCCACUGUCGUCGUAUCCUCCACCGCGACUUGAAACCCCAGAACCUCCUGAUUGACAACCAGGGGGCCAUUAAACUGGCAGACUUUGGUCUCGCUCGGGCUUUUGGUGUUCCUGUCAGGGUUUACACCCACGAGGUUGUCACCCUGUGGUACCGGGCUCCAGAGGUUUUGCUGGGUUCACCUCGGUAUUCAACCCCUGUUGACGUUUGGAGCACAGGAACCAUCUUUGCUGAACUUGCCACUAAGAAGCCACUGUUCCAUGGAGAUUCGGAGAUCGACCAGCUCUUCAGGAUUUUCAGGACUCUGGGAACCCCAAACAAUGAUGUGUGGCCAGAGGUUGAGAGCCUACCAGACUACAAAAACACAUUCCCUAAAUGGAAGGCCGGCAACCUGUCAUCCGUGGUGAAAAACCUCGACAAGAAUGGCCUUGACCUGCUGGGGAAAAUGCUGAUCUACAAUCCUCCGAAAAGGAUCUCGGCACGGGCGGCCAUGACUCAUCCAUACUUUGAUGACUUGGACAAAUCCACUCUGCCUGCUGCCAAAGUCAAAGUGUGAAACACACACAGAACCAGUCAAAAGACUUGACUGAUGAAACACAAACACAUUCAUAGCCAUUGUGAAUUCUGUCAUUCAUUCUGUAAAUACUUGUGUGUGUAAACCUUUAGUUGACUCUUUUCUGACUCUCUUUUUGUGCACUUUUUGUGAUUCUGCAUCUUAAAACCUUGUGCUUUUCAUUCUCUUUGUCACUUGCCUUACAGUGGAAGGCAUGACGACGAUGAUGGGAGUUAAUGUUUGAAUUUCUAAAAGAGCAAAAGCCUCAAAUGCUCGUGAAAUGAAGUGCAUUUUGCCAGGUUUAAUCUUGUGUCUCUGUGUUAAUUGUUCAUUUAUCUGUUAUAUGCACAAUAUAUAAAUAUAUUCUUCCUGUGAAAGACA